ACUAUCUCGGCUUCCGACUGAUGGUGGAUCUGUCGCCGUACCUGCCGGACAGCGUGGACGCGCUGCGCAACGUGUGGUACACGCAGUUCACCGGCAUCUACAAGCCGAACGUGGAACGCUGGCGAGCCUGCCUGCACAGCAUCGACCGCGCCGUGCCUCUGUACCUUCUGUACAUGUACUCGGAGCACCUAAACAAGACCUCCUUCAGGGAGGUUGUGGCUAGGAUGACCACGGACAAGAUCGGCCGAACAUUUGCAGAAAACAUCAAUCGAACUAAGUGGAUGGAUGGCUUCACCAGGUACAUCGCUGAAAGAAAGAUCAUGUCUCAGAAGAUCUUGAGUUUUUACCCCGUCUGGGUUGCCAUCAAAGACAAGUUCUUCGAACACAUUGCCCAGCUGCCAUCGGCAACGGGCACAGACGCCAUCAAGCAGUACUUCACGUACGUGCAGCACUUCAGAGACGACAUCUUCAAGGCGUACACGACGCAGAAAGCCCGGAUGAAGCAGUGGCCCGGCAGCGUGUUCGACACUGAAGUCAUGUACGACAUGCAGAGGCAGGCCGUCUUCAUCCCGAUGGGUCUGUUCAACACAUCGGUACCUACCAACAGUUCAGUCUUUGUUGUUCACUCUGCGCGCUACGGUGUCCGGCUGACGAGAGCCAUGACAAGGAUGAUAUACGAAAAGAGCUACUACUACGACACCGGCAAGGUGUUUCCCGAAAUGGUGUGGAGCGAGACGUCCGCCCAGAAUUUCGCCAGGAAGCUGCAGUGCUUCUCCGACCAGUACAGCGCGCUCGAUGACCCCAACAACCCGGGUCACAAGCUCAACGGAUCGACGGUGCGCGAGUCUGUGUUCGAAGAGAGCGCCGCCAUCACGCCUGCUUUCAAGGCCUUCCAUCAGCUGCUGAACGUCUUCAGGAUAUGGCAGAGAGACUUCCGUCUGAUGAACGCUGAACACCUCUCGUCGGAUAAGCUCUUCUUCAUAUACUACGUCUUGGACAACUGUGUGAAAGCGAACCAAGACUACAUGAUGUAUCAAAUGUACGGCUCCAACAAAGCCUUCGUAAAAGAGAGGGUGAUGCUGGCGCUGAAGAACUCUCGCGAGUUCUCCCGGGUCUUCGGCUGCCAAGAGGGCAGCCCCAUGAACCCACAGCAGAAGUGCAUCGCCUGGGGCGGCUAGCCGUCGUCGAUGGGCGAGUUCGAGAGAGAUGCUGACCGGAGGGCCCCGUCGGGUGUCCCUGUGGGGGAGACGGGGUUUGAUAAAGAACCCACUCGACCCCCCCUAAAACGCUGAGUGACAGCAUUUCGGAAGAAAGCCGUGAACGCCCUUACUAGAUGACAGCCCUUGCCCCGGCGACGUGCACGACCACCGGCCUCUGACGCAGGAAACUCACUGUGUGCGUUUACCCGUGACGUCAAUAAAGAAACAUCGAAACACUUUGUCAUCAUCAGAA